UUGGCCAUGCCUUCAUUUAGCCUUGCUUUUGUGCUGCUGUUCUCCUUGUCCAGCUCAUGCUACGAGCACGAGAAGAGUUCCCUGUUUCUGUUCCUUGCCGGGCUGUCUCGGGAUGGCGGCCUCGCUGCAUCUUGGAAGAGCAGCACGGACUGCUGCACAUGGGACGGAGUCGCCUGCAACGCAAACAGGGAGGUCAUCGAGGUCUCUCUGGCAUCCAGAGGUCUGGAAGGACACAUCUCACCGCUUGGCAGCCUCAAGGGCCUGCUGCGCCUCAAUCUGUCCGGUAACUCUCUCAGUGGCAGCCUCCCGUUGGAACUGAUACUCUCCAGCACCAUGGUUUCCCUCGACGUCAGCUUCAAUCGCCUUGGAGGGGGCCUGCUAGAGCUGCCAUCGUCAAUGCCUGGACGCCCGCUGCAGGUACUGAACAUCUCGAGCAAUUUCUUUACUGGAUCUUUUCCAUCAACGACAUGGGAGAAGGCCAGGAACCUGGUUGCGUUCAGUGCGAGCAACAACAGUUUCACUGGACGGGUGCCAUCAUCUUUGUGCAUCAGCGCGCCAUCGUUAGAGGUGAUUGACCUUAGCUACAACCAAUUCAGUGGGGACAUCCCCCCAGGCUUAGGUAAAUGUUCUGCGCUCAGAGUGUUCAGGGCUGGAUACAACAAGAUAACUGGGAUUCUCCCGUAUCAACUCUUUGAUGCUACCUCAUUAGAACACCUAUCCCUCUCUAACAAUGGGUUGGAAGGAACACUUGAUGCUGCACAUAUGUAUAAGCUCAGCAAUCUGGUUUUUCUGGAUUUAGCAAUGAUCGGGCUCAGUGGCAAGAUUCCAGACUCUAUAGGGCAGCUGAAGAAACUCAAGGAGCUUCAUCUGGAACACAAUAACAUGUCAGGAGAGCUACCAACAUCUCUGAGCAAGUGCACAAGUCUCACAACCAUCAGCCUCCGGAGGAACAACUUCCAGGGAGAGCUUACCAACAUCAACUUCUCCACCCUAUCCAAUCUUAAAAUUUUAGAUCUUUAUGGCAACAAUUUCACUGGUACAAUUCCAGAGAGCAUCUACUCUUGCAGCACUUUGACAGCGUUGCGGUUAUCUGCAAACAAGUUCCACGGUCAGCUGUCAAAGAGAAUAGAAAAUCUGAAGUCCCUCACCUUCCUAUCACUUACUGACAAUAAUUUUACGAAUAUCACUAAUACCCUUCACAUCCUCAAGAGCUCCAGGAACCUCAAGGUCCUGCUAAUUGGGUUGAACUUUAGGCAUGAGGUCAUGCCACAAGAUGAAACCAUGGAUGGUUUUGAGAAUCUUCAAGUCCUGGGUAUACAUAACUGCUCAUUGUCUGGAAAGCUACCCAUUUGGUUAUCAAAACUCACAAAUUUGAAGAUGUUGUUGUUAUGGAACAAUCAACUCACUGGUCCAAUACCAUCUUGGAUCAACACCCUACACUCCCUGUACAAUAUAGACAUUUCAAACAACAGCCUUACAGGCGAAAUUCCAGCAGCAUUGAUGGAGAUGCCGAUGCUGCAAGCGCAGAAGACUGUGGCUUAUCUGGAUACAAAGUACUUUGAACUACCUGUUUAUCAGUCACCAGAAUAUCAAUACCGCUCGUUCAAUGCUCUCCCUCAACUUUUAAAUCUUAGCAGUAAUGACCUCACUGGUACAAUCCCCCCGAAUAUUGGUCAGCUGGGAGCACUUGCUUCACUUGACUUGAGUUUCAAUAACUUAUCUGGGGGAAUCCCCCAGUCGGUCUGCAACCUCACAAACCUUAUGGUGCUUGACUUGUCUAACAAUCAUCUCACAGGUCCAAUACCUGCUGCAUUGAAUGGCUUAAAUUUCCUAUCUGAGCUGAACGUUUCUAACAAUGACCUAGAAGGACCAAUUCCAAGUGGAGGCCAGUUUAACACAUUUUCAAGGUCCGGUUUUGAUGGAAACCCAAAGCUAUGUGGCGUUAUCCUGGCCCGUCCUUGUCAUUCAGCAGAAGUACAUCAAGACUCAAUUCUCUCUACCAGACAAACCUUUGACAAGGCCAGCUUUGUGAUUGGCUUCAGUGUUUUCUUUGGUAUAGGGGUGUUGUAUGAUCAGAUGGUCCUAUCAAGGUUUUUUGGUUAG